AUGCGGCUAGCCUUCGCCGCCGGCCUGGCGCUGCUGGCCUGUUGUCUUGAUGUUGUUCGGGCCAAUACCGAAAAGGUCAUCUUUCUCGGGCCCGAGACCGUCAACGUUCCGGCCACGCCACCGACACUUGACGAUCUUCGUUUAGACGUCCUCACACCCGAUGAGUGGUCCAAACGGGUUGAAUUGCAGGCGUCAUUUCCAACGCCGGACUCUCCUUUGGGAACGACGACGUGGCUACUGCUCAACAUCUUGACCCAAGGUCAGCGUUAUGAGCUUCGAGUAUGUUGGGCCGCCACACAACCCACGGCUUUCGCACUCGAUGUCUUUGAGUUGCCCGUCGUUUGGGAUACUCCCGAGCUCAUCUCGUCGCUGGCAACUUACGCAUCCUUGCGUCGGUCUGACCAGGAUGAUGUCGACGCGCACGAGGCCUCGCGAAGAGCAAACCAGGAGCAUGAAAAUUCGCUGCUGUUUCUUCGGGUUUCGGCCUCGGCGGACUAUUUCACAGACAACGACACACUCAUGGCCCAAGUCGAGCCCGUCAGCGUUGACCUUAUCCUCGAUCCGUUCUUGUUCAAUGUUUUGCCACGAUCCUUGGUGCCUACCGUCGCUUAUGUCGUCUUCGUGGCGUUUUCGGCUUGGUUCCUAUCUAAACGCAUUCUUGCUUGGAUUCAACCGGUGCUCGCCACUGAAGGCAAGUCCGCGGAAAAGAAGAAGAGGCUCUGA